AUGUGGUGCGCAGGCCAUCUGGCAAAGGAGGCGAGCGGUCAUGACUGCUAUGCGGCGAUUUAUGAUGGAGUCAAGGCCGGAUGCUCGGUCGAGUCGGACAUGAGCCCGCACGAGCGAAUGCUAGCUUCCGUCCAGCUUACAUUGUGCGAUCUGCAGGCGUCGAGCCAGAGCGUGCCGUGGGAGUGUCAGUCGCCUGCCCACGAGAUGCAGGCCAUUGGUCUCGCCAACUGCGUCGAGGCUCUUUCGAGAAGCACUCGGCUCUGGUCGAGCUAUGCAGGGUAUCUGCGCGAGAUUCCGCAGAUGUGCUUCGCGCUGCAGCGGUGGAAGGACAUAGUCGAGGAGAAUGUUGAGCUCAGCAGGCUGUGGCAACAGCACGCAUAUGAUCGUGCAGAGGCCGUCAAGGAGGAAAGCCUCGCAAGGCAGGACUGGAUGCGACAAGCGGCACAGCUGAGGGAUCAGCUCAGAGAGGUCCUGCUGAACGUGCUCUCAGACAUGACCGCCAACCAGGAGAAAUACAGCAACGAUGCUGAACAGGUGCUCCAGCUGAUGCGCCAGGCGGGAACUGGCCUAGAGGAGACUGCGCGGUCACUGCUCCAUUCUCACGCCGAAGCUCAUUCGCAGCACCUGGAGGGGCUGCAUCAGUCGCUCGAUGAAGUGUUGGAUCGAUACGAGCUUCGCUCGGAAGCCACAGCCGAGCGCAUCUCUCGCGAUGCCUCGCAUUCGAUCGAGACACGCCUUGCGAGUCCUCUCGGUACGAUGCAGGACCUUGUUGCUGUGCUGGACAUGCACACGAUCUCACUGGGCUACUCGGUGCAAGACGAGCGCGAUCUCCUUUCUGAACUAGUCGAACUCCACCGGGAGAUCGAGAUGCAGCAUCGAGCGCAAGAUGCUCAGCUGGGUGCCGGUAUCGCGGCGCUGCAAAGUGUCCAAUCCGACCUGCAUACGCUUGGGACUGCCAUGAAUGCGACGCACGAUAGCGUCGCGGCGAUGCUCGUCUCGCCGACGCCGGGGAUGGGGUGGUUCAGCGCGGCGUUUGCACUGGAAAGGGUCGUACUUUGGGCACUCGGUGCCGUCGAGGGUACUAUUGGACUGGGUACCGAGAGCUCGGGCUGGCGGUGGUUCAGGUGGCUGCUGCUUGUGUGGCCGCUCUCGCUCAAAGUUCGCGCGUGGAUGAAGGCGUGUGCGCCCGUAUGCAAGGUCUUUGUAUCCGCGGUGGUGUGCAUCUCGAUGCUGAUCAAGGCAGUCGCUUACCUCGGCACAUCGAGACAUACACCCAAAGGGGAAGCAGCGUAUGUCGUCGACAAGCACAGUGUGCGCGUGGCUGUUGGCCGCCACUCGAUGGGCGGUAGGCGUGACCGCACAUUGCGCGCUUCGCGCAUCCACUGUCCCUCGGCGCAAUGA